AAGUAAUUCUACUCAGGUUGUAUGAGCUGUUCUAAUCAGUGAGUAAAGGAUGUUUUUCCAUCCUAAAAACACUCGGGUUCCUCAUUGACAUAAAAACAGACCGAAGGUUUCAAAAUGAGCACCCAGGAUAUCCUGAAGAAUGCGUCCACUUUGGCCUCGUAUAACGUGUUGCUACAGGUGAUGUUCCGCGUCCUCACCUUCCUCCUGAACGCUUUCACGCUGAGAUUCGUCUCCAAAGAGCUGAUCGGGGUGGUGAACGUCAGGCUCACGUUGUUAUAUUCCACGCUAGUGUUUUUAUCCAGAGAGGCUUUCAGGAGAGCCUGUCUGAGUGGAGAAUCAGGGACAAACCGCAGCUGGAGACAAGUCAUCAACCUCCUAUGGCUGACAGUUCCUCUCGGUGUGUUUUGGGCCAUUCUUCUUGGAUGUGUGUGGCUGUGGCUCCUGGAGGUGCCAGAUGCCCAGACGGUCCCUCACUAUGGUCCUUCUGUGGUGCUGUUUGCCUUCUCAGGAGUGCAGGAGCUCCUGGCUGAGCCCCUCUGGGUCUUGGCUCAAGCGCACAUGUUUGUGCGACUGAAAGUGAUCGCUGAGAGCUUAGCGAUGGUCGCCAAGUGCAGUGUCACCGUGGUGUUGGUGGUAUUCGCACGCGAUUGGGGUCUUUACAUAUUCUCUGCUGCCCAUUUGGUGUACACAGGAUUUCUUGUGGUGUGCUACGUGGUUUACUUCAUUCAUUUCUUGGGGUCCAAAGAAGCAGAAAAGAAGAAAUUUCCUCUGCAGCACGUCAGGGAUCUGUUGCCUUGCAAAGCUAAAGGAGAGCCACUCGUAGACUGGACCGUGGCCCGGCUCACGUGGAGCUUUUUCAAGCAGUCCUUCCUCAAGCAGAUCCUGACAGAGGGGGAGCGCUACGUCAUGACCUUUCUGAACGUCCUCAGUUUUGGCGACCAGGGUAUCUAUGAUAUUGUAAACAACCUGGGCUCCAUGGUGGCUCGCUUCAUCUUCCUGCCCAUCGAGGAGAGCUUCUACAUCUUCUUUGCCAAAGUGUUAGAGAGAGGACGGGAUAUAGAAAGUCAGAAAAAGGAAGAUGUAGCGAUUGCAGCAGAGGUCCUUGAGUGUUUGAUGAAGCUGGUACUGGUGAUCGGAUUGAUCAUCACCGUAUUUGGAUAUGCAUACUCUCACCUGGCUCUGGAUCUUUAUGGUGGCGCUCUUUUAAGCAGUGGAUCUGGACCUGGUUUGCUGCGAUGCUACAGCUGCUAUGUUCUCCUACUGGCUGUGAACGGUGUAACAGAGUGCUUUGUAUUCGCUGCCAUGAGCCAACAGGAAGUCGACAAGUAUAACCUGGUCAUGCUGGCUUUGUCUGUGUCCUUCCUCGUCCUGUCCUACAUGCUGACAUGGUGGGCCGGCGGCGUUGGCUUCAUACUGGCAAACUGCCUCAACAUGGCCCUACGGAUCUCCCACAGCCUGCUCUUCAUUCACCACUACUUCCAGUUCAGUCAGUGGAAACCUCUGCGAGGCCUUUUGCCUUCCCCGCUCCUGCUGGUGGUGCUUAUCCUGAGCGCUGUGGUUACAGCAGUUUCUGAGGCUGCUUUCUGCUGCAACGGCGGCUGGCUGCUCAGGAUGCUCCAUAUCUGUGUGGGAGGAGUUUGUUUGCUUUUCGUCCUGGUGGCUGUUCUUUUCACAGAGACUCGGCUUGUUCAGUUUGUGAGGACACAGCUGCUGCCCCGUUACAGAAAGAAACACACUUAAUCACACAAGAAACUGCUGCGGAUGGGAAACACAAGGAGAUUAGAAACUGGAUAUCAGUUACUGCCAAACAGACAUAAAGAGGACGGGAAGUUUAUUUUAAUGUAAUUGUUAUUUUUUACUCUAAAACAUUCCUGUUUGAAAUGUAUUAAAAACAUUAUUUUUGUUUUAGGAUCUAUGUAUGAAUGGAAACAACGAACGUACUUGAAAAAUACUGCUGAUUUCUGUUACCAACCUUUUUUGCACAGAUUAAACAAAACAAUGUAACUGGGAUGAAAUUGUAUAAAUGUUCAAGAGU